AUGCGAACCAUGAUGAAGAGUCUUCCCAUGAUGAUGAUGGAUUGGAAUGAAAAUCCUCUCAAUACUUGUCCAUUACCUUCCAUUGAACACUUGUAUCUAUCUUCUGUAUAUUCAGAAAUGCCAUCCAUGUUCACAACAUCAACACCACCACCCCAUGAUUCUGAUCGAGAAUAUUUAUCCAAGCUGACUUUUAAACCACCACCGCCACUUCCAACAACAUCCAUAUCCUCACGACAUGACUUUAAUCAUAACAAUUCUUACUGUAACCAUAACUAUAACUAUGGACAUUGUCAUUUACCGACCAAGAGCUCUUCCAUGAUGAUGAUGAGUAAUACCUUGUUACAAGGUGUUGAACAUGUUUUGGAGGAGCAUGUUGCUUGUUACUCUCCUUCUUCUUCUCUUGAAAGAUAUUCUCCGUGUUCCAUGAGUACUCCUCCUCCUCCUCAUGAUUACCAAAAACAGAAACAACAAUGUGAACAACGACGACGACAUCCUCCACGAGCACUAGUACUUUCCAUGUAUAAGAAGGAUCAAAACCAAUUGCAAUCUUCCCCACACAGGACACCAUGUAUCUCUCAUCCAUAUACGGAUUAUGAUCACCACAACUACUUCCUUAAUGAUCGAUCGAGCUCAUCUUCUCUGGUGUUAUCGACGUUUUCAUCUUCUUCCUCAAAUCAUGAUCAUAACCAACAACAUUUGAAUGUGGUCGUCGAUCAUCAACACACGAGAGAAGAUUUACCACCACGAAUGAAUCCAAUGAACUCUAUGGUCAGAGAUUCGCCAUCCUCCACCUCGUCCUCGUCGUCCUCUGCGACGUCGGCAUGUGAAAUCAAUCAAACAAACAAUUCCACAUCAUUCCAUGAACCAUCUCUGGGAUCAAACAUGUCGUCUCAAAACUCUACCACUUCAACCCUCCUUAGAAAAACAACUUGUAAAUCACCAUCCAAAGACACUUCCUCGAAAGAAUCCACAUCUCACGAAUAUCAUCAACAAGAAGAUGAUGAUUCUGAAACAAAACUUUCACCUCAAUACUCGAAACAAAAAAUUGGAAAACUGAGAUUAAAAACAUCUGCAACGAAAAGUAUUGCCACUCAAAACAAGAAUGGUCACAAUAAGGGAUGGUGGACGGAGGAGGAACAUGAACGGUUUCUUCAAGGAUUGAAAGAAUGUGGUAAUAAUUGGAAAUUGAUUGCAGAGAAGUAUGUCAAGAGUCGUUCGAGGACGCAAGUAGCAAGUCAUGGACAGAAAUGGAGACAAUCUUGUGAGCUGCAAGAUGGAGCUCAGAAUUCUGUUGAAUUGUUGCAGGAGAAUUGUUGA